AUGUCGACAACGAAGAGGCUCUUGGGAGUUACAAGCUCUUCCUAUUACUCCACCACGUCCACUAAAACGACCGGAAAGACGACAGCCACAACACUGACCACAACUACAAAACCCAAAACUAGCACGGCGUCAAAAAUGUCGACAAGCUCUUCGGGAGUUACAAGCUCUGUCUAUGAUGCCAAGACGUCUGCUAAAACAACCGAAAAGAUUACGACAACAACAAAACCGACAACUACAAAACCAAAAACGACCACUAAAGCAUGCGCCGCGAGGUGGGCAGCAUGGGGAAGCUGGACCACGUGUACGAAAACCUGUGGAAUGUGCGGAACGAAGAAUCGGAAGCGAGCCUGCAACGGGGCGAGCCCUGGUUGUAACUGCGUCGGAAACGUUCAAGAAACUGAGAAGUGCCCUCCCAAACAGUGCCCCUUUCCGGCGACCACAUGUUGCUCAGGCAGUGAGAAAACUGAAGUUAAAAAUCGCUAUGUUUGCGGA